AUGUUUCUUGUUUUUGUCUUUCUCCUCCAAUUGUGUUUCUUUUCUCACAUUGGUUUUUCAUCUCAUUGUACUACAGAAACAUCUAGUAAAACUUUUCAAAAAUGUAUGAACCUUCCUACUCAACAGGCUUCUAUAGCAUGGACUUUCUACCCACAUAACUCCACCUUAGAAGUAGUUUUCUUUGGAACUUUUAUUUCACCUUCUGGGUGGGUUGGAUGGGGGAUUAACCCCACUUCACCGGAGAUGACGGGAACUCGUGCUUUAAUAGCCUUUUCUGACCCAAACACGGGUCAAAUAGUCUUACUCCCUUACAUUCUAGACCCGAAUGUGAAGUUACAGAAAUCUCCAUUACUUUCUCGACCUUUGGACAUCCGCCUUGUCUCUUCCAUGGCAGCCAUGUAUGGUGGUAAAAUGGCCACCAUACACAACGGUGCUGCCAUUCAAAUCUAUGCCACAAUCAAACUUGAAUCAAACAAAACCAAAAUCCACCUUGUUUGGAACCGAGGACUUUAUGUUCAAGGCUACUCGCCUACCAUUCAUCCAACCACGUCCACUGACCUCUCUUCCAUUGCCACCUUUGAUGUGUUGUCAGGUUCGUCCGCUCCUCAACACACAGACCUCACAAUGCUCAGAGUAAUUCACGGCACCAUGAAUGCCAUUUCUUGGGGUAUUCUCUUGCCGAUGGGAGCCAUAACUGCCCGUUACUUUAGGCCCAUUCAAGCACUAGGUCCUGCAUGGUUCUAUGCUCAUGCAGGAAUACAAUUGUUUGCUGUCAUUCUUGGAACUGUGGGAUUCGCCAUUGGCAUUCGCCUCGGGCAACUGUCUCCAGGAGUAGAGUACGGGCUCCAUAGAAAGCUUGGAAUCGCCGUGUUUUGCCUUGGAGCUUUGCAGACUUUGGCAUUGUUGUUUAGGCCAGACACUAGGAACAAGUUCAGGAAGUAUUGGAAAUCGUACCACCACUUUGUUGGGUACUCUUGUGUGGUGCUUGGGUUUGUGAAUGUGUUUCAGGGAUUUGAAGUGAUGGGGGCCAGCAGGUCAUAUGCGAAGUUGAGUUACUGUUUGGGGCUUUCUACUCUGAUUGGUGUUUCCAUAGCUUUGGAGGUGAACUCUUGGGUGGUGUUCUGUAGGAAAUCUAAGGAAGAGAAAAUGAGGAAAGAGGGACUUAUUGGAACUUCUGACAAAGGGAGUAGUGGCAUCCACACUUGA